UGUCGGAGAAAUGGCUUACCAUCUUAUUUUUGCUCGGGAACUGCCAAGGCAGCCCUACCUUCCUUUUUGAGGCUUUCAUUCCAUUCCAUUCUUCUAAUCUCAAAUGCCUAACAAAUGCUGUUGCAUUUUCCCGUUACGGGGCGCCACGAUCGCUAUUGGUCUUGCAGUAGCAGCAGUUUCUAUUGCAUUGCUGGUAGCAACCUUCAUACAUAAGAAUCGUAAGUGGAAUAUCUCAUUAUAUGGGAAAUGUUCAUAACGACUCACAUGUAUUCAUCUUAGCUAUGAUAAUACACUUAUCCAUAAUCAGCCCGGUAUUGCCUUGGGUGUAUAUAAUCAUUUGUGCUGUGGGAGCCCUUGUUGGCAUAUAUACAACUUUUGCGUCAAUUGUGGGAAAGCUUCCACUGAUGAGAUUGGGCAAGCUUCUAUUCUGGCUUUUCUUCGCCAUUGCAACUAUUUGGGAAACAGCAAGUUUUGCUUUGGCGGCGAUCAACAGGAGCAAAUCAGUCGAUACCUGCGAGCAAGCCAAUCCCUCCAAUGGCGCCACAGGCAACACUACAACGACCGGAUUUUUGGGUAUGAGUAUGGGAGACACCUACGGGUUGGCUAAUUGCUCGCAAGCUGUCCAAGCCGGUCUUAUUGGUAUUGGUGUCAUGCUGUUUGCUGGGUCCUUAUUUAUGUUCUACUUUGCCACUGUUGUUUCAUCUUAUUGCACACGUUUGCGAGAACGCAAAUUGGGUCAUCGUCUCAGGGAUCAUUCGGACUGGGAUGACAGUGUCAGGGAUUUAACAGCAGCAUAUCGUGAGGAUGCCGAGUCAGCUCCACGCUACCAAAUGAAGCCAUUGAACCAACAAAAGAAGAAAAGCAAGUUUGGGCUUCCAAAGUUCAAAUUCGGACGAAACUGACAUAUAAUCCAUUAAUGUCAUCACACCAGCAUCACCAUCUUUAUCAUCUCUCGUGCUAAUUUUUUGUUGUGCAAAGAGUGCUUCAUUUACAGA